AUGAGAUUCACUUGUUCCAUUGUUUUGCUCGCCUUGACCACUUCGGUUUCUGCCUUCGCACCCUCAGCGUUCCCUGGAAGCCACGCAUCAACCAAGCUCUAUUCCGAACCAGCAGAGGGAGAGGGCCUUGAUCUGAACUUGGAGGAAAUGUUUGAAAUGUUUGACGCCGCCGACAAGGAGGAGGACUUUGAUGACGCUGUGGAUAAAGUCAAAGGAAAGGAGGACUAA